UAAUUUUUUUUUAAGAAUUAGCUACCUUGUACUCGAAUUCCCGAAGUCUUUCGUGUCAAUACUUUGUUAACGCGUCGUCUUGGAGGAAUUCAAGCAAGGCUUGAUAUUCGAUCAUUGCAACUCUCGUGCGUGCAUCUACAUGCGCGCCGGAGAAACGAAAACAUUGUAACUCAACAUUGUAUGGAUGCGUGUCGUAUGUCUACACAUACGCAGGCAGCGGAUUUGAAGAAAUACGACUAAUCAUUCCGACGGAUACCGGAUACGUAUGCGGAAAUGGACGCGCUUGCAUCUUUCGAUCGUACAGCAAACACAUAUGGAUAACUAUCAACGUAAAAAUUGUAUUAUCACUUUAUAUUUUAAUUAGAUUAUUAAUGUUAUUAUCGCACUAAGUUAAUAAAGUGUAUUAAAUCAUAUAAACUUAUUAUAUUAAUUAUAUAUAUAUAUAUAUAUAUAUAUGUAUAUCGGUAAUAUAUUUUUGUGUUAAUUUUUGUUACUAAUACACCAGAAAUGCGCCUGGAUUAACAUGCGUUAAUAUUAAGAUGAAAUUGUAUUUGCGAAAAUGAACCUUUCUCUUUUUUAUUCUUCUUGACUCAUUUCUCGUAAAGCGACAACGCGUAAUAUUUGCACAAAUUUUUGCUGGACUUCAAUAUGAACUCGCAUAAAUACGAUUACAUUGUACGCACACAUACGCGCAUCAAAACAUGAAUUUAAAGUGGACUUAAUCUUGUAAUCGCCUGAAUCGUGCCGACAAACUAACUAAGCUUUAACAAAUUUCUUGAUAUCGAAACUUUACUACUACAUGUACAAGCAAUAUUGUACGAAUUGUCUCUGAAAUAAAUGGGCGGACUUGGGGAGCGUAUUGUUCGAUUAAAUUAUGCUCGAUUUAUACUCAGAACAUAAUCUCUUGCUUGCAAAAAAACAUGUUUGAACGUGAACGGCGCGAACGAUCGACACAAAUCUUCACUUUCACUCUUCGCCCGUAUGUGUUUGACUUGAUGUAAUCGCAUUCCGAUAUUCGAGAUAUUAAGAAAUGUUGUUCUGCCACUUCAGUCCAGCGUCGCCUUCGCACUGGUACAGGUGUUUAUCGAUGCCGUCGACGGCAACUGAGCUCGAGAGAUUUUUGGAACAAUGAUAUUUAAUUGAAGUCUCAGCUUGUUACGUAAGAGAGAAAUCGAGAUACAGUUAUUUGAAAUUUUGUCCUACGCAGCAUAUUAACGGAGCUUUAAAUCUCAGCAAUGGAUGAACUUAAUUGUGUUUAUGAUCACUUAAAAUUCGACGAAGCCUGCGUAAAUGUGAUGUCUGACAAUAGCAACUUUGAUACGUGGCUUUAUUCGCUCUCUACAGAUUGCUUAUCGUGUCCAUACAAGCGAAUAGCGCGGAUUUCGAACGAGGUCAAUUCGAGCUUAAAAUUCAGCACGGUGAAAGCAGUAAAAUGGAGAGUUCUAAAAAACGAUGGCAGUGAUGAAUACAUAUCUGCCAAAAUUACAAGCGAUAUUUUCUGCGAAUUGUCACCAAAUCUAGGACAAUACGGUUUAUACGAAUUGGCAGUACAAAAUAAAACUUGUAACUUUAAAACUUUGAAGAAUUCAACUUAUCCAUACACAGAACUGUUUAUUAUUUUGGGAAUAAUUACAUUUAUCUUAUUUGGCAUAUCCACUGGAAGAUUAUUAUGGUAUAUGUUUAAAAGGCGAUGGGGAAAAGCCGCAAAGGAAGGACCAAGUAACAAAGAACCAAGGAAACGUCGUGUGAAAGCUAUUGAUACAUUUAGGGGGGCUAGCAUUCUUUGUAUGAUAUUUAUUAAUGAUGGCUCCGGUAGUUAUACCAUAUUGGGGCAUACAACUUGGAACGGUAUGCUACCAGGAGAUUUGAUAUUUCCUUGCUUCAUUUGGAUUAUGGGAGUUUGUAUUCCUAUAGCUUUAUCGGCGCAAUUAAGACGUGGAGUUUCAAAGUCUCAGAUUAGCUGUUCCAUCUUAAAGAGGAGUUUCCUUCUAUUUCUGAUAGGCGUUUCGCUAAACACGCUGGGAACAAACGCACAACUGGAAAACAUACGCAUAUUCGGUGUUCUUCAACGAUUCGGAAUUUCUUUUCUAAUUGUUGGUCUAGUGUACCUUUGUUUUGCAUCUGAACAAUCCAAAGCUGUUCAGAACUCAUCACGCACAUGGAUAACACGUGAGAUGCAAGAUAUAUCCAGCUUGUUGCCACACUUCUGCGUAAUGUUGAUUCUAAUAAUCGUGCAUUGCGCCAUAACGUUCGGCCUUCCGGUUCCAGAAUGUCCCACCGGGUAUCUCGGGCCAGGUGGAAGACACGAGGAUGGUACAUACUUUAACUGUACCGGAGGCGCGACUGGAUAUAUAGACAAGAUCGUACUGACUUUGAAUCAUGUUUAUCAAAACCCAACUAUCAAGUACGUUUAUGGAACCGGUCCUUUCGAUCCCGAAGGAAUUUUGGGGUGCCUCACAACGAUAUUUCAAGUGUUUCUAGGUGUGCACGCUGGUGUAAUUCUGAUGAUAUAUAAAGAUUGGAAGGAUCGUGUUAUGCGAUGGCUUCUAUGGGCAGCACUGUACGGCUGUUUGGGCUGCGCCUUUCAUUUCACUGACAUUAUACCCGUCAAUAAAAACUUGUGGUCCUUGUCAUUCGUGUUUGUUUCAACUUCUUUUGCCCUGGCUUUUCUAUCCGGAUGUUACUUACUGGUGGACGUUACUAGAGUUUGGCGAGGAGGACCUUUCAGAAUACCUGGAAUGAACGCGCUGGUAUUAUACGUGGGCCAUAGUAUAUGCUACCAAAUCUUCCCGUUCCAUUGGAGGAUCGGCGCAAUGGAUACUCGUGCAUUGUGUUUUAUCGAAUCAAUCUGGGUUGUGUUCCUCUGGACAGUUAUAGCGUACAUCAUGCAUCAUAAACGAACGUAUAUCACACUCUGAAUUAUGCUUAUACGUAUAAUUACGUGCCAUGUUUCAUUACUAUAUUUCUAAUAUAAGCAUAGCAACACAAACAACUUAGAAUGUUACAUUAAAAACGUAUGUAUUGUGUGCGCCGAUAUAAUAUAGAAAUAAAGAUGAUCUUUAUACAGUAAAUUACGAUCUAAAUCGAGCUAAUAAUACGUCAUUAAUAUGUCAUAAUCAUAUCGUUAUUAUACGACUUCGCAUUGUGAUUCUCGAACAAGAGCGAUUGCAUUGCAUUCUUAGCAAUCACAGGUAAUCACAUAAUACUUAACAGUGUCAACGUUACAAAUAAUUUAUUUUACAACUUGAGUAAGGGUAAUACAGUGAGAUUCAGGUAACAAGAUUCACGACGAUGUGUGCAUGCGUAUACAUAUAUUCUCAGCAAUGAUUAAUAUUCUUAAAAAGAGCGUUAUCAUAAAUUUUCAUAAUAAAUUAUUGAUUUUAAACAAACCACGUGGCUCUGCUCAAGUAGCGUGCUGCAUGAUGUGCAAUUGCAACGUGUUGAAACGGACGAUCUUGUCAUGAAGCGGUUCAAAUUUUCGGGUUCUUCCUUAGGAUACCAAUAAUUCCUUAGGAAGUACUUUCUCUACUACUGCAGUUGAAUGGAGGAUAUUGAAAACAACCUUAUUAUUUACAAACGAAAAAAA